AUGUCAGGAACUAAAAGCAUUAGUUGCUCAACCACUUCCGGUUGGGGAUCUCCACCAACAUGUACUCCUAUUGACUUAAAGAACACAAUUUAUGCACAGUUUGCACCUGAUUGGUUAAUGUACCUUUUGGGGGUGUUGAUGUCACUACUGGUUCUGUCCUGUAUAGCUUGUACAAUUUACCAUUGCUGCUGUCGUGCUGCUGGAGCCGCCAUUUACCCAGAAGGUGGUGGUGCUGCACGUUCAACUUCCUGUUGCCCAUGUGGUCGUAGGGGGGAGAACUCUUCUACAUAUGAAAGUAACAUCAUACAUAAUUCAAAUUCGGUUCGCAAAAAACAAGACGUGGUAACAAAACACACGACUACAACAAUGCAUGGAACAGAGGUAAAUCAUGUUGAAGAACCUAAUGGAGUUUAUACUACUCAUGAUGGUUUAAUCCUAGUUCCUGUUAAACCAUAUGAGUUGCACGAAUAUCAUAAGAAUGUUAGCACCAAGAAAGCAUUCCCUGUACAUGGAGGAGCACACUCAGAUACUAACGGUAGUACACCACGCUCAGAAAAGGAUGGUAGUGAUAGAAAUCUCAAAACAGUGGUGAAACCGAUGCCUUUAUGGAUGCCGCAUGCCAAACCCGUUAGAAAUAAUAAUACCAGUACACAUUAA